UACAUCUUUCUAGUUUACAGAGACGAAAGCGUACCAUUGUUAUUUAAAGAAGACUUUACUAGCAAGGGGGAUGACGGGUCCUCGAAAGUAGCUAAAGAUAAUUGUAUUUAUAUGGACGCAAUGGGUUUUGGGAUGGGAUGUUGCUGUUUGCAACUUACUUUUCAAGCAUGUAACAUAGAAGAAGCAAGAACAUUAUACGAUCAAUUAACACCUUUGUGUCCUAUCAUGUUGGCUUUAACCGCUGCCAGUCCUUUUUAUCGAGGCUACAUAAGUGAUGUUGAUUGUCGAUGGAGUGUCAUAUCUUCGUCAGUAGACUGCAGAACACAAGAAGAACGAGGAUUAAAACCACUUAAAGAAAACAAAUUUAAAAUCAGUAAGUCUAGGUACGAUUCUAUCGAUUCGUACCUUAGCAGACAAGGUGAAAAAUAUAAUGAUGUUCCUUUAACGUAUGACGAUGAGAUAUAUAAACAGCUUUUGGAGAAUGGAAUUGAUCAUUUGCUUGCGCAACAUAUAGCUCAUCUGUUUAUUAGAGAUAGCGUGUCUUUAUUUUCCGAAAAAGUCCAUCAGAACGAUUUAGAAGAUACUGAUCAUUUUGAGAACAUACAAUCUACAAAUUGGCAAACCAUGCGUUUCAAACCACCACCGCCAAACUCGUCUAUUGGUUGGCGUGUAGAAUUCCGUCCAUGUGAAGUUCAGAUCACAGAUUUCGAGAAUGCUGCGAUAGUUUGUUUCACAGUACUAUUAACAAGAGUCAUUCUGAGCUACAAGCUAAAUCUUUUAAUUCCAAUUAGCAAAGUUGAUCAAAAUAUGAUUAGGGCGCAGAAAAGAAAUGCAGUAAAAGUAGAGAAAUUUUGGUUUCGUCAUGAUAUUACUUCCGAUAUAAAAUCUGAUAAUACUCAAUCCGAGUUUACAAUUAAUGAAAUUAUUAAUGGAAAGAAUGGCAUUUUUCCUGGUCUCGUGCCACUUGUAAACUCAUAUUUAGCUAACAUGAAUGUAGAUGCUGAUACACAUUGUACUAUCCAAAGAUAUUUAAAAUUAAUACAAAAACGCGCUUCUGGUGAACUUUUGACAACUGCUGCUUGGCUGAGAAAAGAAGUCACUUUGCAUCCUGAAUAUAAGCAUGAUGCUGUAAUAACGCAGCGCAUCAAUUAUGAUUUACUAAGAAAAAUCCAUAGCAUUGUUUCCAAUGAUAUAUCAUGUCCAGAAUUACUCGGACAAUGUGUAUCAUCUAAAACUACUGAUACCAUACCUGCUGCUGUUGCUAAAGCAGAAAAGUGUUCAGCAACAAAUUGUUAACGAUGACUAUGUCGAAACAUUUCAGAUCCCACCAUAAGCGCGACGUGUGACGAUUUCAAAACAAUGUUUGGAGAUGUUUCAACGUAAUCCAGAUGAAUUUUUGCGUCGAUUCAUUACUGUAGACGAAAUAUGGAUCCAUUACUUCACACCGAGACGAAAGAAUAAUCAAAAAAACAAUGGACUUCACCGGAACCAAUUCUGAAGAAGGCGAAGACCAUAAAAUCGAACGGAAAGGUGAGGCCAUAAUUUUUUGGGAUGCACGCAGUAUAAUUUAUAUCGAUUAUCUUCCAUCGAAGCAAACAAUCAAUAACAAUUACUAUGUAGUCUUAUUGGACCGUUUCAACAACAUUUCAAAGAAAAAAACGUUCCCAUUUGACGAAGAAGAAAGUGCUCUUCCAUCAAGACAAUGUACACGUACCCGACACCGAUGGCCAAAUUCAACGAAUUCUAUUAUGAAUUGCUUCCCCAUCCAGCAUAUUCGUUAGAUUUAGUUCCCUGCGACUAUUUUCUGUUUCCAAACUUAAAGAAAUGGUUCGGAAAGAGAUUCACCAGAGAGCAAUUCAUCGCCGAAAUAAAGGCUUAUUUUGAAGACAAAUCAUAUUACUCGGACGGCUUGAAAAAGUUGGAUCAAGUGUAUCGAGCUGAAAGGAGACUAUGUUGAGAAAUAAAAAUGAAUCGAUCAAAAAAAAUGUGUUUUACUAUGUUUUUUUAAAACUUAUUGACUUGCCUUCGUAUAAGUACGAACAAAACUUACAGAAUUAAAUUUU